AUGGAGAGAUUAGAGGGCCGUUUGAAGGCCAACAAGGCAUCACUCAGAGGCCCAACCAGUCCUAAUUUCUCUCGGGAGUGGCGGCGUCCACACCCUAGACGGUGCACUGUUCUGCCAUCCCGCCCGCACGCCGCGCUCAACGAUCCUCCGCAAGCGCGCAGAUCCCGUCUCCGCGCCGCAAUCUGCGCCGCCAUCAAGGGUCGCGUUGCCGCCCUCCCCGCCCCGCAUAAUGUCAGCCGCGACAGACGCCGCACGGCCCCCGACUCGACGCUCUGCGCCCCCUCUCCCCCCGGCGAAGAAGCUGGCGAGAACGGAACGGAGAAAAUGGAUGCAGAGCUUGAAGCCAAAGCCGUCGAGGCCAAGGCUGAAACGGUGGCCACGGAGUCAGAGGCGAAGCCUGACGCCUCAGAUGAAGAAGCUGGUGGGACUGGCUCAGACCGCGAAGCAGAUGUCAAGGGUGCUGAUCCGAAGGCAAAAGCGGAGGAGUCCGAUGGCGAGGAUGAGGGAGCCACCGCCGUGACCGACGACGAUAGUGAAGAGGAAGCUGCUGAGACGGUCGAAGAGGAUGGUGGUGAAUCCGACACCGAAGGUGAUGCUGAGGAAUCUCCUCCAUCCCCUCCUCGCCGCAGUCGCCGUCGUAAGCGAGCGGCCACUCCCGAUGACGAAACAGAGGAGAACCCUACGCCGUCGCGUCGCCGGUGCCGUCGGAAGUCAGGGGAGCGUGGUGACUCCCAGCCGCCACUUCCUGACCACCUCCGUUGCCGUCGCAGCGACGGGAAGAAGUGGCGCUGCUCGGGCCGUGCACUCCCAACUGUUAGCUUUUGCGAGUACCACUACACGAGGGCUAGCAAGGGUAAGAAGUUACCAGCGGAUGAGGAGGUCCUUGUUGUUGUUCUUCAGAGGCAUAAGAACAAGAGGAAGGGCAGGAGGAGCAUCAAUCCGCCAACGUCCCCCCAGGCAGCCACGAGUGACCCCCAGACCAGGGAUCUCCCAAAUGGACUGAUGACGAUCUCGCCAGCUAGCAGUGGACCUGCAGCAUUAUCAACUCCUGUGAAGAUUGGUGUAGAAAUUCCUGCACCCAUACAGCGGUGCUAUCGUUCCAAGAAUGUUGAGCCAUUGCAUGUUGGUCCUGUGAAGGUUGUUCCUCGUGCGAUGAGUGUGACAAAAACAACAAGAACAUGUCACUGCUGUGGAAUGAAGAAGGCUGCACGUGUGGCCAAUUACAAGAACUGUGAUAAGAACUUCUGUAACAGCUGCAUUAAUAAAUGGUUAGUCUUUGAUUUGCUUGCCAUUGCUUUUUUUUUUUGCAUGCUUAAUCAGUGGAUUAGGAACAUAUGA